CUAACAGACUGAAAAGAAGAAGAAAAAAGGAACUCGAGCGUAAAACGAAGCUCACUGAUUGGUUUUAUCAGUAGAAAUUGUUGGUAUUAUUGUCGUAUUAGCCUGCAUUCCCCGCAGUCGAACGGUAAUCGUAAUACUUCUAAAUCCCGAGGCGUUAAAAAGGAACCGAAGACAACUGUAGGAGAAGUUUAAAAGCGAGCGUAUGGGACUGUUACCGCGACUGACCAACGCCUAACAACUUUGUGUGGAGCUCACUUUUUAUUCGAACUGAAGUCUGAAAUGUCAGGACAUACUGAAACACCACAACUGCUCAUGUCAGUGAAGGAAGAGAUCAAAGAAGAGGAAUUUGAUGAUUUCCUGCAGGAGUAUCUUUCUGCAAUUCCGAAAGUGGAAGAAAAGCCUGGACUGGAAGCUGACUGUAAGACUGAAAUAUACACAUCACCAAUCUUGACCCACAAAGAAGAUGAGUAUUCACCAGUGGAAAUUAAACAGGAGGAAACAUCUGAUUUGAGAGAAUAUGGUCACCAUGACUCUACUCCUACAGAUCUCUACAUGUCUCUGAAUCUCUGCUUACAUUUACAGUGCAGUCUGAGACGUUCAAAGGAUCCAUUCUAGCAAAAGGAGUACAGAGGAAAGAAGAAAGAAUGUCAUCAGACAUCCGCAAUCGAACGCAAGGAA